GAUAAAGCACAAAAAAUGCCAGUGUUCCAGACAGCCUCUGGACAGUAAAAGAACAUGAUCUAGACUGAAGAACCAGACAAGUCAUUUUCCUCCAGUUCAAAAUAUCAACUAUACCAUCAUGAACUCAAGAGAUGCACACAGUCCUGUGUUUUUGAUAUUUCCUCCAGAGAUCACUGUUCCGGAUUAUCAAUCAACAGUCAUUACAGCUACAUCCUAUGAGUCUCAAAGCCCCUUGGAGAAAUUACUUGUUGGAAGAAUGAAAAUCUCAGGGACUCUCCAGAUCCUGCUUGGAAUUAUGAACUUUUCUUUUGGAAUGAUUUUCCUUUUCACUUUGGUACAACCAUACCCAAGGUUCCCCUUUAUAUUUAUUUCAGGAUAUCCAUUCUGGGGCUCUGUUUUGUUCAUUAAUUCUGGAGCUUUUCUAAUUACAUUGAAGAGAAAAAUGACAAAAACUCUGAUGAAAGCAAGCCAAAUAAUGAAUUCUCUUAGUGUUCUGGGAGCAAUAGCUGGAAUCAUUCUCCUCAUAUUUGGUUUCCUUCUAGACCAAAACUACAUUUGUGGUUAUUCUCAAGAAAGUGAUGAGUGUGAUGCUAUUACUGUGAUAUUCACUGGAAUUUUGAUUAUGUUGAUGGUGUUAACCAUUAUCGAAUUAUUCAUUUCCCUGUCUUUCUCGAUUUUGGUGUUCCACUCAGAGGACGAUGCUUGUGAGGAAUGUUGUUGAAGAGCACUGUGAGAAUAAAGAUGUGUUAUGACCAUAUUUAAAAAGGAAUUCUGCCUGUGAGGAAAAGCUGAGAGGAACACAGACUCCUGAGAAUGGCAACUCUCUGGAGUAAACGGGAGUGUCUCUGUAGCUGAUGAAGCGUAUCCUGCCCCUUGGUGGCACCACCUCCCUUGUCCCCAAAUGGAAUAGUCCACCUGUA